GGUGGACUUUCACAGACGAUCGCUGAGCCAAGCAAAAUCCUGCGCGAAAGUGAUGUCUCAAAUGUGCAGUGGAGUGUCGGGCCGAAUCCGCAGCAAACACAGCAGUAUGCCGGAUCGAUACACACGAGCACUAAAGCUGCAGCCAUUCCAGAGCUGAUUCCUCGAGGUGGUGGUGCGGGAACGGGGGGAGGUAUUGUGGGGAAGAAACCGCCUCCUGUGCGGGAAUGGAAUCCGAUGGUGCACACCGAAUGGCAGCUCGGCGUGGGAGCGCGUCUGUUACCGAAGCUGCCAGAGGGAACAAAAGUUGGCAAGCUCGUGAUGGGUAAACACGGCCUCUACAAACCGGGAUUGUACGAGAAGGCUCAGCUGUUUUUUAUUAACACGGAGUUGAAGGGUAUGGCGCCGGAGGAGGCACUGCCAUCAUCGGCUCUUCUCACCAAAAUCGCCAAGAUAUUAGUCCUUGUGCCUCUUUUCACUAUCGUAUGUAAUCUUCAGAUGCUGUUCGCCCAGAAGCCAAUGGGCUUUUAUGCUGGAUACAAGCCACCAGGGCGCGAAUAG